CCUGUCGGCCGCCAAGCGCAAGUUCGCGGAUUCCCUCAAUGAGUUCAAAUUCCGCUGCAUCGGCGACGCUGAAACGGAUGAUGAGAUUUGCAUAGCCAAGUCUCUGCAGGAGUUUGCCACGGUGCUGCGGAACCUGGAGGACGAGCGGAUGCGCAUGAUCGAGAAUGCCAGUGAGGUGCUGAUCACGCCGCUGGAGAAGUUCCGCAAGGAGCAGAUUGGGGCUGCCAAGGACGCCAAAAAGAAAUAUGACAAGGAGACUGAGAAGUAUUGUGGUGUCCUAGAAAAGCAUUUGAACUUGUCUUCUAAGAAGAAAGAAUCCCAGCUUCAGGAGGCAGACAGCCAGGUGGACCAGGUUCGCCAGCAUUUCUACGAAGUCUCUCUAGAGUACGUCUUCAAGGUGCAAGAGGUCCAGGAGAGGAAGAUGUUUGAGUUUGUGGAACCUCUGCUGGCAUUUCUGCAGGGGCUUUUCACGUUCUACCACCACGGCUACGAGCUUGCAAAGGACUUCAGCGAUUUCAAGACAGAGCUGACAAUCAGCAUCCAGAACACAAGAAACCGUUUUGAAGGAACAAGAUCAGAGGUUGAAGCUUUGAUGAAGAAGAUGAAGGAGAAUCCUCACGAGCACAAAAACAUCAGCCCUUACACGAUGGAGGGUUAUCUCUACGUGCAGGAGAAGCGUCACUUUGGGACUUCCUGGGUGAAGCAUUACUGCACAUACCAGAGGGAAUCGAAGCGGAUCACGAUGGUACCGUUUGACCAGAAAUCAGGAGGAAAAGGGGGAGAAGAUGAAGCUGUUACCCUGAAAUCCUGCACACGGCGGAAAACAGACUCGAUCGAGAAGAGGUUUUGCUUUGAUGUGGAAGCUGUGGAUCGGCCGGGCGUCAUCACCAUGCAGGCGCUUUCGGAAGAAGACCGGAGGCUGUGGAUGGAGGCAAUGGAUGGCCGGGAACCGGUGUACAACUCGAACAAGGACAACCAGAGCGAAGGCACUGCCCAGCUGGACAGUAUCGGCUUCAGCAUCAUCAAGAAGUGCAUCCAUGCUGUGGAAACAAGAGGGAUCAAUGAGCAGGGUCUCUACCGGAUUGUUGGAGUAAACUCCAGAGUUCAAAAGCUGCUCAGUAUAUUAAUGGAUCCCAAAACAGCCACAGAGACAGAUACAGAGAUCUGUGCAGAGUGGGAGAUCAAGACCAUUACUAGUGCACUGAAAACAUACCUGAGAAUGCUCCCAGGGCCCCUCAUGAUGUACCAGUUUCAAAGGAGCUUCAUCAAAGCAGCGAAACUGGAGAAUCAGGAGUCCAGAGUGUCAGAGAUCCACAACCUCGUUCAUCGGCUCCCGGAGAAAAACAGGCAGAUGCUGCAGUUGCUCAUGAACCACUUGGCAAAAGUUGCAGAUAAUCACAAGCAGAACCUGAUGACUGUUGCUAAUCUGGGUGUGGUGUUUGGGCCGACGCUGCUUCGACCUCAAGAGGAAACAGUCGCUGCCAUUAUGGACAUCAAAUUCCAGAACAUUGUGAUUGAAAUUUUAAUAGAAAACCAUGAGAAGAUAUUUAACACGGUGCCAGAGACUCCGGCGUCGAACUCACAGCUGCUGUUAUCCCGCAAGAAGAGCAUGGACUCGAAGCCUCCCUCCUGCAGCGAGCGGCCGCUGACACUCUUCCACACGCCCCAGCCCAACGAGAAGCAGGAGAACAGGAACAGUAUCAUCAACUCCAGCCUGGAAUCCGUCAUCUCUUCAAAUGUAAACAGCUUCCUCAACUCCAACAGCGCUCCCCAGCCCAGCCUGAACUCAAGUGAUCUUGAACUAGAAGUAAUUAAACCCAACAGGCCAAAUUCCCUCCCUCAGAAUCCAAGCCCAACGUCACCCCUCUCACCGUCCUGGCCCAUGUUCUCCGCGCCAUCAAGUCCUAUGCCCACCUCCUCUACGUCCAGCGACUCAUCCCCCAUCAGCUCCCCACUGCGCAAAGCCCGCGCGCUCUACGCCUGCAAAGCCGAGCACGACUCGGAGCUCUCCUUCACGGCUGGCACCGUGUUCGACAAUGUUCACCCAUCCCAGGAGCCUGGCUGGCUGGAAGGGACCCUCAACGGCAAGACAGGAUUGAUCCCCGAGAACUAUGUGGAGUUCCUAUAACUGUGGGUUUGUGCAGCGCCACUGCUGAGUGUUCCAUGGUAUCCAUGGCAGAGUCCUGCAGGCCCCUGUGUGACGUGGGG